AUGUCUGAACCAUCUUUAUCAUCAAAUACCGGUAGUCAAGGUAAUGCCUCAAAUAAUAAUGUUUCUAAUCCUGUUCCAAAUAUAGAUGAGCUUAGACAACAACUUGCGUCUUCAAAGGGGAGCCUUACACGAAUUGAGAACAUUAUUGGUGCGUCAAAUAAUUUGUCUCCUACUGAACUUGAGUGCAGGUUAGGUAUGGUCGAAUCGUAUUAUAAACAAGCGUCUUAUUAUCAAGGUCAAAUUGACCGUUUGUUACCACAAGAUACAUGUCGUUCGGAAAUUGACGAACUAUAUGUCAUAGUAAAAUCACGUAUUCUAAAUCUUCUCGGCAACAGAAGAAGCUCACAAUCACAUGAACAUACAUUUUCAAUGCCUCAAAUGCAGUACAAUCGUUUGCCUAAAUUACGUUUGCCGAGAUUUGAUGGCAAAUAUCUCGAAUAUAAAAACUUCAUAAACUCUUUCACGAAUCUAGUUCACAGCGAUCAAUUCAUUCCACCUAUUGAGAAGUUCAACCAUCUGUUAUCGUGCCUAUCCGGCGAAGCUUUGUCAACAAUUAAGUCGUCCCAAGUAACUGAAGAAAACUAUGGCAAAGCACUAGACAGAUUGAAAGAGCGAUAUGACAAUGAUACAAUCAUUUUUUUAGAAAACAUUUCAUCUAUUUUCGAAGUGGAUAAAAUUUCUAAGGCUGAUUCUAAACAACUUAGACAUAUCACUGAUACUAUCUCAGCUUUGUACAAUUCGUUACAAUCACUUGGAAGUUUUGAAAAAAUUUGUGAUGCAAUUAUCAUACAUCUUACAAUUACCAAAGUUGAUCAAGAAACUAAAAAGAAAUGGGAUGAAUAUUUAGAUUACUCUAAUCUUCCAUCGUGGAAACAAUGUUGUGCUAUGUUUGAUAAGCGAUGCCAACAACUCGAUGCUCAAACAAGGCAUAAUGUGAAACCGCAAUCAAUUCAAACUUAUCAGCCGCAUUCAUUACAAAAGGUUAGCAAGCCAAAGCAGUAUUCAUUUGCGAUCAAAAAUAUUCCUGAAAGGUCGUGUACACAUUGUUCCAAAUUAGGUCAUAAUAUUUCUACUUGUAUCAAUUUCAUCGCACUUCCAUUAGAACAACGUCGUGAUCAAGUACAACAGCACCAACUGUGUUUCAAUUGUUUAUCAAACCUCCACACUGUAUCACAAUGUAGCUCAAAAUAUUCUUGUCGAUUUUGUAAACAACGUCAUCAUACGUUGCUCCACAAACAUGAUUUAAAUACGUUUGUAAAUUCUAACAUUUCAUCAUCAAGAAAUGAUCAACUUAGUAAUCCAGUUACACAUGCUACUUCACAAAAGAGUGUUAAGAAGACAAAUAGUACCAUUAUUUUAGCAACAGCUCUAAUUCUCAUAAAAGAUUCUACCGGAACGUACCAAAUGGGCCGAGCGCUUUUAGAUUCAUGUUCGCAAGUGAAUUUCAUUACCGAUUCUCUAGCACGGGCUCUAAACUUAAAAAGGUCGAGAUCUGAAAUAGAUAUCGUUGGUGUUGGUUCUUCUGAGCUGAAAAUUCAACAUAAUACGCAAACUACAAUCCGAUCACGGAUAACCGAGUUUGAAACAUCACUAGAUUUUCUCAUUUCAAAGAACAUUAGUAGCUAUCAUCCAGAUAAAGCAUUUUCGUUGAAAGAUUUAAAUAUUCCAUCACAUAUGGAACUUGCAGAUCCAGAAUUUAAUGUCGCUAAAGGUAUUGAUAUGUUACUUGGAGCAGAAGCUUUCUUUUUGUUGUUAACGCAAGGUCGAAUGUCUUUGGGUAAAAACUUACCAAUUUGA